AUGGAAAAGUUAAAAGCAAAAAUUUUGAAAUUAGACACCCAGAUUCUCUGUCGGAGUUUCAACACCUCUUUUACGUGUAAAAACGAUGAAAUAACAACAGAAGCAUUUCGUUCUUCUGAACAAACUCAACCGACAACUGAUUCACCAACAACAAACCUAAAAACAACUUUACCAGUUAUGAAGACUUCUGAACAAACUCAACCGACAACUGAUUCACCAACGACAAACCUAAAAACAGCCAUACCGACUUUUAAGUCCUCUGUAUACGUAACUCCUACAAAACCUCAGCUACCAUCAAAGUCGAUCUACAGAGUCAUAAAGGACUCUACCGUUUGUCUCAUCAUGGAGGGACGAUUUCAGUUACAAUUUUUUUACAUCGCCAAGGAAAAUGUUAUUACCAGAAACACUGUGAAUAUCCCAGAGAGCGGUGUUGUUAGUGUCACAGGAACCUGUGCUAGAGACAAGUCUAGCCUUAUUAUAACACCUAAAGAUGGAGUCAUUGAACAUGUGAUUUUUCAGUUUCAAAUUGAUACUUAUACCGGUAAAUCUAUGUUGAUGUCAUUGUCUGCCGCGGUGAAUCUGGAACUAUUUCCAAAUGCAAAGGAAGCGAAACUAAUCCACACAGUUAGAUCAUCACUACCUUUGUCAGAUCCCAGGCUAUACUACAAGUGUGAUGUAGGAGGGAAUUUCUCAGACGAUAAACUUACCUUGCACUUUAAAGAAUUAAAAGUACAAGCGUUUCAUUUAGAGGACGGCAGGUUUUCAAAAAAUGGUGAGGACUGCAAAGCUGAUUUAGAACCAAUUCCGGGUCCAGGUAGUCUCCCUGUUAACACAUUUUCAGUGACCGAUGGGAGCAACACUUGUAUUGUUUUUAAAGGAAGCAUUCAAUUUAAUAUUCCUUAUGUUUCUAAAUUUAUCAUUUUCAAGGAUACAGUUCCUCUACCAGCUAUCUACAGUGUAACUGGUGAUUGCAACACAAUUUUGAAUGGGUUCUACUCUCAGAAAUUAGUUAUCAGUUUCUAUGAUACCUGGGCACUGACGAUGUACUUCUCUUCUGAUACGAAGCAAAAAACAGUAGCAGAAAGGGCUGAGGAGGGCGUAACUAGGUACAAAAUUUCACGAAUUGAGUUCUCAUUCGACUACGACAACGUCUUUUUUAAGUAUGCCGACGACAGAAGUAAGUUUAUUGAUAUCUUACCUAAUGCUAUUACAAUAUAUAACUGA